ACACUCCGUCAGCUGAUCAGCAAUGGUGAGCUGAUCUUGUUCCUGGGAGAACAAGCCUCAUGUCUUCCACAGCCGGCUUCAGUGGAGGACUGGUGGAGACACCUAGGGGACUUGGACAAAGAGGAUGCAGUUAGCAAGAUAGACCAGUUGGAGUCAAAUAUGAGAGAGAACCAGCAAUGGCUGCACACCAUCCUCAGAACGUUGGGCAGAUUUCCAAUAAUCUUCAAUGUCAACCCUGACCGCCUGGUUGAGCACUACCUUAUCAGACCAGGCGAUAAUGUCCAGACUGUUAGAUUAGAUAGGGUUGGAAGUCUGUCUGGUACAUGGCCCAAUGACCACAGAGUUCUACUUAUCAAGUGUUUUGGAGAUGCUUCUUAUGAUGCAAAAGACAAGCUCACGUCUGCUAGUAAGAACUACAUGGAGACCUUUCACUCCAUGGCAUCUGAGGAGACAGCAUUUGUAGAAAACCUUUUCCACCAACACAGUAUUCUGUUUCUUGGUUGUGAAAAAGACCACCCUCUACACAAGGCAUUCAUGGAAAGAUUUGUAAAACAUUCCAAGGGUCAACAUUAUCUCUUUCAACGAGGAACCACAUCAAGCUAUUUCCAAGAUGACCAUUUGACAACCAUCCAAACAGACAUGGAAAUAAAUGAAUUUGCCCAAUAUCUUACUCCAGGGAGUACAGAGUUCAAGAUAAGGGCACCCGGAGAGGUGUAUGAGCACUCCUACCUACCCACCCAGAGAGAGCAGUACUUAAAAGCUCAGUUAACUCUAGAAGCAGCAGCCUCUGAGAUAGGAUUCCAUACAGCUAAAGUCACCAAUGCUUUGGCCACAGAUGAGGCACUAGAGGCAGAGUCAAGGGGAAACUUAGAGAAAAUGUUUAAGAAUGAUCCUUUCAUUGGAGAAUAUGAUGCAAGAACAGUACAAGGAGCAAUGGAUGCCAUGAAAGGAAGACGAGACAAUUUAUUAAAGCUCAUUCAAAAUGGAGUAAGGGUGACAGCAAUCUUCAGAUUUGACACUUUUGAAAAAGACAUUGUUGAUACCUCUACCAAAAAGGAUGUCCGCCAGAGAAAUGUGAGGAAAUAUGCCUCUGUUUUACUGCAGUCACGUUCUGUUCUAAAUAACCAGAGUAUGCUGGAGCUGAGAGUAGUGCAGGACAUGAAUGAAGAGCAGACAAAAAGGAUGAAGGAACAGUAUGCUGUUAUCAGAUUGAAGGGAAGCUCCGAUGAAGCUAUUGCUUAUGCCUCACCUGCUGUUGAAGGCAAGAAAAAUGUCAGCAUCAAUUUAAUCAGUGUUAAUGGUACUGAGGCAGCCAGAAAGCGUAAGAUAUUUGAGGAAAGCAGAGAAGCUGCGUGGGACCAUGAGAAGUCCAUGUUGAAUCUGACCACUGCACUGCUCCAAGCCGAUCAGGAACUGAAAGCCAUCAGUACGGAAGACAGAAAUAAACUUCAAAGGCUUUACAAUGUCCAGAUGUUGACAAAGACUGAAAUUGAACCUGGGACAUGGGAGAAGCUGGGUGAAGGAAGCUUUGGUGCAGUGUUCAAGGUACAGUGGAAAGGAAAAGAAAUGGCCUACAAAGUCUUGCAGAAGAUAUCAAAAGCAGAUGAUCUGGAGGAAUUUGAAGGAGAAUACCAGAGCUUGAAGAAAAUUCAUCAUCCAAAUAUCAUCUCUGUAGCAGAGAUGUACCGCACGGACAAUCCUAUCCAGUUAGGUAUUUUGAUGGAGUACAUGUCAGGGGGCAGUGUCAGGGAUGUGAUGAACAGGAACCCAGGUCAAGGUCAGAGCAAGGACUUUGUCUCCAGGCUAGCCAUGCAAGUAGCGCAUGCUUUGGAUUAUCUGCAUUCCCUGAAGCCAGCCAUAAUACACAGGGAUAUUAAGGCAGAUAACAUAUUUAUGACAGCAGACAAACAGACCUUCAAGUUGGGUGACUUUGGUCUUUCAAGGAUUACCUACAGUACAUACCAGACUAAGACCAUGGGCUGGGGCUGUUACCGCUACAUGGCACCAGAGAUGGGAAGAACACAAAAAUAUUCACCCAAAGUAGAUGUAUAUGCUUUUGGUCUGCUGUUGGUGGAGGUGAUUACAGGCAAUAUAGCAUUCAGUGAAAUAAUGGACAACAGUGAAGUGUUCAAGAGAAUAGCUGCUGGUCAGCUGCCAGUGGAAGUGCCAGAGGAAUGUGAAAAAGUCCAUGGUCUCCAGAUGAAGGCCACCAUAUCUGCCUGUGUCAUUGCCAAUUCCAACCUGCGGCCUAAGAUGAAGGAUGUCAUCAAGAUGUUAGAGGGAAAGCUGACAAAGUUUCAGAAACAUGAAGAAGUGGAGCUGCUUUGUCUGGGAACUGGAAAAGGGGCAACUGCUGUUCAGGAUGGAGAACCCAGUUCUUCUUUUGUCAUUCUCCACAAUGGCAAACCUGUACUCCUUGUAGAUAUAGGUUACUUGGUCAUGAUGCAGUACCAGCAACUUGUUGGCAAAGAACCAGUUUUCAACAUGUUCAUUACCCACAACCAUUCAGACCAUGCUGGUGAACUGCCAGUGUCUAUGUGCAUAUUUGUACCCACAUUGAUGAAACGGGGUUACACCAAAAGUCCCUUCAAGAUCUUUGCUGGAUCAGAAACUAUGCCAAAGCUCAUAAAUCACAGAAUGGAUGAGGCUUACUCUAUGCCAGGUCUUAAUGAUCACAAAAAGAUUGCUGACUGGCGGACAUGUUCCCCAGGAGAGAGGGAGACCAUUGAUGAUAAUGGCCUGUUUUCCUUGGAGACUGUUAAAAGUCAACAUUCAGAAGUUGGUUAUGGGUUUGUGCUGUACUACAAAGGGUCUCCAAUACUGGGCUACUCGGGAGACUCUGGCUUUGUCAAGGAACUGUAUGACAAAAUAUACGAAGCUCCAACAGUGAUUGUCGAUGGCAGAGAAAGAGGCACUUGGGAGCAUGCAGGAUUUGACGAAAUUAAGGAAUAUACCAAAACUAGCAAGCACGAGUUUGUGUAUGUUACUGGAUAUGGAGCACCCCGAGAGUCACCUGGUGACAAGUACCUCCCAUCCAUCAAACCACUUGAGAUUGGUCAGCAGUACCCCUUGGUGUCAGCGGGUCAAAUGGCUGAUGGGCAGGGUCCAGACCCUGCUGGCCAGGGAACAGGCGACAUCCACCCUGGCAGUGGACAAGAGCAAUAUCCUACACCUCACAAGGCAGUGCAGAGUCUGGGGCAGUGAACGUCCGAAUAAGAAAGUUUUAAUUGAAAUUAUCAUUUAGACAAGAGUUGAACGUUAAUUCAUACGAAAAGACAUUCCAUAAAUUGAUUAACUUUAUUAUGUGAAGUUCAAUGUUGGUCUCAUCUUGGGGAACAAGCGUUUUAGUCUACUUUGAUCCAGAUCCAGAAUAAAUCAGAAGUAGUCCACUUUAAUGAACAGAAAAACAAAGGCCAAUGUUUUAGCCUACUUUUUUGUCAUUGGAGUGAAUUGCACCGAUUUGUCCUCGUUUUUUGAUGAACAUUAUUAGUUUUGAAGUUAGCACCAACAUUUGAAUUAAAGUUUUUUUGUGAAAUGGGUUCUAGGAUUUGUUUAGGCAAAUCAACAUCCCUAGGUUAACAGAUUGCUCACUAUAUAUGGGAUUUAUACAUCUAAGGUAUUUGUUGGGGUUUUUAUACCCUAAGCUUCAGGUCUGAUGUUGACUAUGUCAAUCACAAAGACAUUUCAGGGUUCCAUAAAAGGGUAUUCAUCUUUCUAAAAUUUGUGAUUAAGGCAGUCAAACACUACUGACAUUCAAACAUACCAGACAAGAAUUUAUGGACAUUUGAAAAUGAAAAAAAUUUGCCUACUUCAGCCCUGACACUCAGGCAAGGCUUUGUGUGGCCUGGUGAUGUCUAUUUCUAUAUAGAGAUUGUGUACAAUGCUCCUAAUUCCCUGUACUAUAAAACAUGUUUUUCCAGUAUGUCAUAACCUAAAUAAAUCAAAAAUGUUACUAAAUUAUUAAAGAUAAUGUUAACUUUGAUUUUAAUCCAAGUUGAAGAAAAGGGGAAGCAAACUAUGAUUAUUUAAUGAUUAAUGACAAUUUCUCAAAUUUUGCCACUAUUAAUUAUUUAAUGAUUAAUGACAAUUUCUCAAAUUUUGCCACUAUUUUCAGUAGAUGUAUGUGAGCAUAAUGUUUAGGUAAAAGAUUUCAAUAAUCAUGUGGUAAUGAAAUGGUCUGGUCUUUCAGUCAAAACAUGUUCAAAUUGAAAUUUUACAGAAUCCAUGACAUUAGAAAAGUAAAUAUUUGUAUUAUGAUGAUGCACUGCAAUAAAGGCCACAAAUUUACG